AUGGCUAACCGCCAGAAAGCUAUCGCUCGCGCUGUUCAGCGCGCUAUUCUCCGCUCAGGGCCAGCUCGACUCUCCAUAAUCCAGCGCAUCUUCGCCUUCUUCCGCAUCUUCUACCUGACCUUAAUCCGCUACGAGCAAGAGCUAUUCUACAACCUCCGCAAGGAAGUAUGGAAGCUUCCCGAGGAAGAGUACCUGGCUUGCUUCAAGGAUGACGGGAAAUCUCCAGCCCUGGAGCAGAUGGGUGAUCUGGGGUUCUCCGGGUCGACUUUCUUCCGUACCUCGAACUCUGCAUUCCUUGUGAAAAGCGUCCCCCGGCACUUUGAGCACUCCUUCUUUCGCAAUGACCUCUUGAGGCCGUACUACGAGUACAUGCAGAAGUACCCAGAGUCCCUCCUCGUUUGGAUAACAGACUACAUCUAUGCGCCCUACAGCUCAAUCGGGAGCAUCCUGCGCACGUCGCCUGCGCACCAUAUAAUCAUGGAGAACCUACUGUACGGAAAAGACGACGACGACAACGCCGGCAAGUGGGAAACAUACGACCUCAAACCAAUCAACUACUUCUACCCGGAGCGCGAUCUAGUCCCCGAGCCACUUGUUAGCGAAGACACCAUCUCGCGGCUGGCUGAUAAGUUUGAAGAUAAAGUCCGAUUGACAAGAAAGAACUAUGAGGCUGUUAAGCGGAUGUUGGAUAAAGACACGGCGUUCCUUGCGUCGGCUGAUAUCGUGGACUACUCAUUGUUCUUGGUGCGUUUUCCGGCGUCGUCGAACCCUGGGAGUCUAGGGAGGAAGACGCAGUGGCGAGUUGGUGUAACUUCUGCAGAUGGGAAGUGGAAGUACCGGGCUAUUGUGCUCGACUUUUUCUGGGCUAAGCAUACGCUGCAUGCGCAGGCAAUGACCGGCGCUGUGCAAACAUUCAAUCUAAUAGGCCGCCAGGGUCCGAUGAGCAUCACUACCACGGCGGAAGAGUACCGAGAGAAAUUCCUGGCCAUGGUAGAGGAGAUGCUCGAGGUAUAUGUACCACCAGAGCAAUGA